AUGCCUGGACCAGCUCGAAAGCGACAAAAAACUGCUCACAAAGUCGCUGAACUCGAGAAGAAAAUCAACGCCCUGACCCAAUCACUACUUGCCAAAUCCCAACCUGGUCCAACACCUCAACCUUCGCCUAUAGUGGCUGAUGGAAAUCAAAGCGCCAAAGAGUCAUUUAAGGAUAGUCCUGAAGAGAGAGCCAACUUUGCGCUCUUCCCAAAAUCUGCAACUCCGGCACCUUUGCUACCUCAGGUCAAAACUGAUGAUGCAGAUUAUGAAGAUGUGAUCGACCGUGGCAUAGUUAGCUUCGCUGUUGCCGACCGAAUCUUUGACAAAUUCAACAACGAACUCAAUCCGCAAUUCCCACUGAUAGCAUUUCCGCCCGGCACAACAGCAGCAUCUGUGCGACGAUCACGACCUAUGCUCUUCCUUGCCAUUCUGACUGCUGGGUGUAUUACCGUUGUGCCCGAAAUUCAUGCCGAGCUGAUGGAGGAGUCAGCCAGACAGUUUUCACAUCGUGUUUUCUUCCUGUUCGCACGCUCAGUUGAUCUCGUUCAAGCACUUCUCGUCACCACAACGUGGGCAGGCAAGCACAAACUUGCUAAGGAUAUUGGCUUCAAUCAGUACAUUCACAGCGCAAUUGUCAUGGCACACGAUCUGGGUCUCAGCAAGCGAUUGAAAACACCUCUCACUAAGGAUCCAGUCGAGCAAGCAGAGUUACGAAGGACAUGGGUAGCAUGUUACUGGUGUGGAAUGUGCGUCUCAACCAUACUUCGACAUCCUGCCAUGAUUCAUAGUACACCGUACCUACAAGAAUGUCUCGCAUUCUUGGAGGAAUCGCCAGCAGCACAGCCACUGGACAAGACGCUUUGCUGCCUCGUCAAAGCAGCUGCGAUCAUGGAAGAUGUGGCUCGCUCCUUUCACAUGACUGAUCCUGCUUCUGUGAUAAGAGUUGAGGAUUCUUCAACGCAAUACGCCUUGAAAGUGUUCGAACAACGUAUUGAUGACUGGGAAAAGGCUUCAAAAGCAUAUAUGACCCCAGGGUUGCAUAGCCUGACCGGAGCCACCAUCUCACUUUAUGCCCAUGAGAUAGCACUACACACCGACCACAAUAUUGAUGAUUUCAGACCACCUACAAACCGUCCUGGUGAAGCUGAAGACCAGCGAGCAACCAAUGAUUUUGUUACACCACUCCACUGUGAAAGCAUUUCGAAAUGUGUGGUUGCUAUGAAGCAGAUCUUUGACACUUUCACAAACAUGUUCUCUCCAUCCGCAUUCCGCCAACUCCCUUGCUUGUCUAUGGUCUGGACCGCGUAUUGUGCGGUGGCCAUGAUACGUCUUGAUGGCGUGUUACGAGCAACGGAGUCGAAAUACGCUGAUAUCUUCCUGCCAGACUUAAAUGUCGAUGUAUACCUUGAUUCUAUUGUGAGCAAGUUGAGUAUCGUCGCCAGUCAGAGUCCUGCUUCCGCACCACCGACGUUGUUCCAUCAGGCCUUUCAGAAACUGAAGCUUUGGCACCAAUACCGAAUAUCGGGCACCUUACCUGCCGACUACGAAAGAUCUAUGGAUGUGGAACACGGGAUGUACACCGUCAAAAAUAGUGUGGACAAGUUCGCCGAAGAACAAGGAUUUCCAAAUAAUCCUCAGGCUUUAGAUAAGACUGAAAUACCUUCACGUGGAUUAGGGGUGGGCACAACAGGACUUGGAGCCGCGUCAAACCAAUUCCGACACCGACAACAGGGAGUUAACAAUGCUUACAUGCCAAUUUCGAAUGCGCAAACUGGCUUUGAUACACAGGGAGGCUCGUGGCUCACAAAUUCGAAUUUACCUAUCGACGCUUCAAUGUUCGAAAAUCAGGAUUGGAACUUCUCGCUGGCUGACUGGAAUAACUUCGAGGCCAGUAUGGUGCAACCAGCAGAAGGUACGUGGCUAGGGUACUUGUUAUAA